AACUUCAUCUCAGGUGCAUUUCCAUUAUUUUCCCCUAAUUUCUUAUUUAUUUCCAAACUCUCUUGAUUCUUAUCGACUCGCACUCCAUCGGCUUUAUCAAUAUUUCAGGAAUUAGGGAUUUAAUUCGAUCACUUUCCCUGCAGUUUUCUCAUUUCACGUACCCAGUCAGAGGAGAGUGAUGGAUCCUUCAGAACUUAGGUAUUUGGAGGAUGAAGAUACCUCAACAAUGAAAGUAAUUAAGGGCGCAACCUCGGGUCUUGUUAUUGGAACCAUUUGGGGAACCAUUGUUGCUUCUUGGCAUGAUGUGCCCCGUGUUGAGAAACAUGUAGCUCUUCCAGGCCUGAUAAGGACUCUGAAGAUGAUGGGCAGCUAUGGGAUGACAUUUGCUGCAAUUGGGGGUGUUUACAUGGGUGUGGAGCAGUUGUUGGAAAAUUAUAGGAUGAAAAGGGACUUGUAUAAUGGAGCUGUUGGUGGGUUUGUUGCUGGGGCUACUAUUCUCGGUUACAAAGGAAGGAGCAUUAACACAGCUAUGAAAGCAGGAGCAACUCUGGCAGCCACUUCUGCUUUUAUUGAUUCUGGGGGUCGGACCGCUAGAGUGGACAAUGGCAAAGAGUACUUCGCUUACACAACCAAGAAGAAAUCCACUAUUGAAUGAUAAGCUUCUGUUGCUGCUUUGCUUUUGAAGAGGAAAAUCAUGGCAUGUUAAUGGGAGAGAACUGUUUAGAACUGAUUACAGUUCUCUGAACUGGCUGUAUGUUUGUUUCCGGAGAUGUAAUCAUACUCUCAGUUCUCUUUCCUUGAAGUUUACCUUUUCCCCGUUUUCAGAGCCUGCCAGAUGGUUUGAAUAAAUAUGCUUUUUCUUUUGUUAAAA